GACUUCACUCUUGCUUUCAGUCUAUGCCCUCCGUUUUCCCUCUCCACAUCUCGCGGAGGCAGAAGGGGACGCCGCUCUGCUGCUGUCCGCAAGAGCAACAUCCAGGACGGGAGCCAAGACCUCGUACCUACCCGCCCUCCCCUAGGCUGCGGCUCUGCGGGAGAGGGCGUGAAGGGUACGCCGUCACCCGACGCCAGGCGUUUGGUCGAAACUCCUCAGCACAGUCUGGGUUGCGCGAACUGCCACCUCCAAGCUGACCGCCUGUUUGUGGCCCAAAUAAGAGCAUGUAGCCGGCUGCUUUCUCCGACUCCUUUUUUUUUUUUUUUAAGUGUUCACAGGGUCACCAGAGCAGACGACGCGGGGGCGGCGGAGCUGCAUAGAAGCAAAAAACAACCAUCAGGGGUUCUUCUGUGUGGUUCUUUUCCGGUCCCUGUCUUCAUCGUCCAACCCCACGGAGAGCGCGGAGCACUCGGGCGCGCGGCGGGUUUGGGGCUCCUCGAGGGCACAGAAGAAAAAAAGACCAAAUGGCAAAGCAACCUUCCGAUGUAAGUUCUGAGUGUGACAGAGAAGGUGGACAAUUGCAGCCUGCCGAGAGGCCUCCUCAGCUCAGACCGGGGGCCCCCACCUCUUUACAGACAGAGCGGCAAGGUAAUCCUGAAGGAGAAGGGGACCGCUGCCCCCAAGGCAGCCCACAGGGCCCGCUGGCCCCACCGGCCAGCCCUGGCCCUUUCGCUACCAGAUCCCCGCUCUUCAUCUUCGUGAGAAGAUCCUCCUUGCUGUCUCGAUCCUCCAGUGGGUAUUUCUCUUUUGACACAGACAGGAGCCCGGCACCCAUGAGUUGUGACAAAUCCACACAGACCCCAAGCCCUCCUUGUCAGGCCUUCAACCAUUAUCUCAGUGCAAUGGCUUCCAUGAGGCAGUCUCAGGCUGUACCUGCAGAUACACGCCCAGAGAUAUGGAUUGCCCAAGAGCUACGGCGUAUCGGAGACGAGUUUAAUGCAUAUUACCCAAGAAGGGUCUUCGUGCGUCACCAGGCGGUUGAGGGCCACCCGCAAAUGGUCCUCUUGCGCGUCCUGCGCUACAUCGCGCGCCUGGUGUGGAGGAUGCAGUGACGGCGGUGCAGACGUUCCGCUCGCUUCAGCCCGGCCAGCCCGGCGCCGCGGGGUCGCGGCGCUUCCGUGCCCUUGCUGGGCAGCAGUCCUUUGCUGGAAGGGUGGGCAGAGAGCCAGCCGGCAUGUCCCCGGAGGACACCAAGCUGCACGUGGACCUGACCUUUGUCUGUUCAUCACCAUGUGGCCGAAUUUCCAACGGAAGCUUGAUGUGAAUGUAAAUGAGGGAGGGAUUCUCUUUUUUUAAAAAACAAUGUACCAAUCAUGGUUCUCUGCAGCGAGAUUUUAUGCAAGAAUGGUGUUUACAUGCAGUGUGUGUGUGUGUGUUUUUUCCCACCUUUGAUAAGGGCAGGUUUUUCAAAAAGGAAAUGGAAACUUUUUAACCAACUCAUGACUGAUUUUUGUACUAAAAUUUUAAGAACCUUUUGCCUACUCUCAGAGGAUUAUAUAAACUCUGCAGUGGAAACUGAGCCAGCUCAUUUAUAAAGCUGCCUUAGUUUAUUUUUAGAGGUCACCAUACAGCAUUUUUAAACGGGAGAGGUAUGACAUGGCCCCUCCUUCCCUGCCAUUGCCUCUUCGACCUUUUGUUUUUUUAAUCACUAUUGUUAAUACCAAAAAAGUUUUUAUGAAACGGAACUGGUAAAAGGGGCAGAGAGAGGUCCUUUGUCAGCCUGUAUUGACAUGCCACUCCCAUUGUGUAAAUACCUACUUACCUCUUUAAAAUUCAGUUGCAUCUGUGGCAAAAUUUUACUCUGUGUGUGUGUGUGUGUGUGUGUUUCGCUUACAUCCUUUGGUGAUGCUCUCCCAGCCUGUCAGGGCACUGAUGAACACAUUUGGUCCAGUGACUGUUUUCAUGGUAAAAGGCAGUUGGGUCUGAGCCUGAGUCUGUAUCUGACAUGGGUCUGUCUGUCUCUUGGUAGCUUACCCACUGGGGAGUGCUCGCUGGUGGUUCUCGCUUGCUUUGAUGGCCUUGUUGUUCAGACGUGUUCUGCAGAGGUUCGGGGCAGUUAUAAUACCAGGUUUGCUGUGGCUCUCCUGUAGCACAGGGUGGGCUCUCGGCCUAAGGCCCCAGGUGACUAGCAUGCCCACCUGUGGCCAGGUUCAGCUGCAGGGGGCCACACUCGAGCCCUCAUGGGAAUUGGCAGAGGCUGUGGCAGGGCUUUAAGCAGCUGUUUUCUGGGCAUCCUGGCUUUUCAUCCAACUCAGAGUUCCUCUGGCCUUCUAUGGCUCUUGGCUAACCUCUCUUUGAAGUAAAGGCUUCAUUCUGCUCUCAGCAGUUCUCAUAAAGAAUACCAUCAGACACAGGGGUAUCUGUGUCAGUCGUCCACCUCCUGGGACUGCUGGAUUUUUGUCAGGCCCCCCACUUCCUGCAGCCACUUCUGUUGGGGGUGCUCUUCCUUCACACCUGCCAGGAAGAAGGCAGAGAAUGCAGGCUCACGAGCUGGUUGGUCUUUUCAAAGGCAGUUAAACUCCCGGGGAGACCCAAGAUAGACAGAUGAGGGAGCAUUGCAAGCAGGGAGAUGGGGGUAGUUCUGUGAACCCCAUCGCUCUUACAGUUUUUGAAACUUCAAAACAGCUUUUUAAAAGACAUACAUGAUGUUUCAAACAAGUCAACAGUGCCAACAGCAACUGGAGCGUUUGCUUUUGGCCCAUCGGGGACCAGUGUUUUCUUCUUACCAGUUGCAGCAAUUGAUUCAUUUUUGUAUCUUUAUAGUUUUAUAUAUAUAUAUAUGUUACAUAUAUACUUUUUCCUUAGGUAGAGAGAGAUUUGACUCCAAAUAUUCUUCCUUCUAAACAUUUUCUUUUCCCCAAGUAGCUUUUUGGGGUCUUGAAUUGUUUUAAAAGCUAUGUUGAGUCUCAGCCUGUGUUCCUUUGACCCUUUGUCUUGAACCUGUCCGCUGGAUCCUCAAGUCCAUGCAAGCGGUUGAGGCGGUCCACAGAAUUGCGUCCGUGGGCCUGCUGCACACACAUACACCAAAGACGUAUUUGGUUCUGGGCCGCUCCCCCCCAGGAUCUCUGUAUUCACGGGCCAGUCUCUUGGACUGGAGCACUUUAUUCCUUCAGCACCAGUGCCCUGGGGGGCCGAGCGCUUGCUCACCCACCUGCAAGUCUACCUUGGGCUUGGGGGCCUCCAGGCCCCCUGGGCUGGCCGUGGAAGCAGCUGGUGAGGAAAUGAGAGAUUCUAUGAACUGUAGAAGUAUUGAAACGAGGAUGUUGCCCCCGGGACUUGAGAGGUGACUAGACAUCCCUGUACUGUACGUAUCUGUUGAUCAUGAUGCCUCCUCCCUGCAGAAGGUAUGCCCAUGGCUGGGUGUACCUUUGAUGUCUUACUUUUCCUUCCUUUGACUUUUUGUAGAAAGCAAAAAUAAUUCGGUCCCUUGUUGGAAACUGAAUGAAGGUUUUGUGCCUUGCCUUGUCUGAUGUGACAUUUGUUGAAAGUAUCCUGUGACUUUUCACAGGAAUGCAAUAAACACGUGAAAUUAACUUCAUGAGUAAAUUUGCAAAUUAUCUGGACCCCUCCCUAGACCUGAACUGAUGAAGAUUUUUUUCUUGGUUUAAAAAAAAAAUGUACAUAGCGGAUUACAAUUUUCUCCUGUUUUUCCUUCUUAAUAUUGUAUAUAUUUUGACUAUUUAUUAGAUUAGGAAGUUGUAUUUUACUUAUCAACUGAGCCAAAUGUCUGUGCAAUUAUUAUGUGUCCUUUACUUUCUUGUAAAAUUUUGUACAGCCUAAAUGACUAAAAGAAAAAAAAAAUCAGUUUUUGCUGAACUUUUUCAGAAUUGAGGGUUGUAAAUAUUGUCGAUUCUUUUUCUGUGUAAUGUGUCCUACUGUUUGAUAAUGCUGUAACUUGUAGGAAUGUUGUGUAUUUAUUUCUGGCUUAUUUAAUGUCUUAAGUUCUGCAAAGUGUUGACCUCCCUUUCCCCUCUGCCCCCUGCUGUCCUGUUAAUUGCUUUAACUCUUGAGGUGGUGACUAGUCAGCUCACGGCAGGCCACGUGGUCUCCCCAGGGUGGCCCUCCCCAGCUUUGGUUCCUGGUAUUUCUAGUCCAGUGGGUUUAAAUUCUUAGGGUUUGCUGUCCUCAUGAUGAGGUUUGUGUUUAGACAGCAUAAUGAAAGACCAGAAAUCUGAUAGGCUUUCAGAUUCUCCUCUAGAACUUUCCAGUGACUCUUUAAUUCCUGAACAGCUAGCUUCUCAUAGAAACAAGUGCUGUUAACUUCAGGCCAUAUCUUACAAAACAAAAUACUUAUUAUUAGCAGUGGGAAAGAUUUUUCCAUUGAAGAUUUAUCCCUGACAGCUCAGUGUUUAGAGAUACUCACACGUCCACUUAUGCAGGUUGCUGCCAUGGGACUGUUGAAGGCAGAGACCAGGCAGAGUGAAGGCCCGGGUUGACCAGUUGCCCUGCUUCCCAAGUGACUACUAGACCACUUCACACUACUAACUUUUGUUGGCAACUGAUGAUUAGUUGAAUUCCCCCAGCCCCAACCGUGCUCUGUGGCUUCCUAUGCUUUGAGGUGUAGACUCUACUAUGUAUCUUCAGGAACUGACUGUACAGGCCCGCACCCCCCACCCUAACCUUGAACCAUUUAGUCCCAGCAUUUGAUCCACCUGUGUCUUCAGGGUGACGACUUCCUUCUGCUUCUCCAAAGCCUUCAAGCGAGGGUCUGGACCCCACUGGCCUGGGUGCAAAGAGGUGAAAGCGUGAAAGAUCUUCUAGCGGUUCUGUGUUGAUGGCUUUGUCAUCCCUGCUGAUUUAGCUUGGUGCCUGUGUGUGUCCAGUCUGUGCACACAUGUGUGCAGUGACCUGACCACACGUGUCGCUAAACCAGCUGGGGUAACACCUGUCCUGCUCCAGACGGCAUCGUGUAAGAAGCACCCUCAGGCUCCCAGCUGAAUAACUUGACUACUUUGAUUUGGGAAUUUCAGACCUUAGAAGCUCUCUUUAAUUUGUGUGUCCAAGUUCUGUGGCCACUAGUUACUGUAUCAGAACUCAUCAGGUACUCAUUUAUAAAUAGCACUGAUCUGUCUAUAACUUUUUCCCUAGGACCCAGCAUAUGUAGCAUUUGUACUGCAAUUUCCCUGGCUUGUGUUUUGCACUGAUGGAUUUUAACAGGGUAAUUGCCACUUUACUUGUGCAAUACUGCUGUAAAUAAUUGCAGAUUUUUUUUUAAGAAACCCAAUCUUUUAUGUUCUUAAUGAAUUUUAUAUAAAUAAAACUUUCAACUAGU